AUGGCAUUUCCAGCCCAGCAGGGAGCUCGCAGCGCUCCGGCUCCGCGGCUGACACGUGUUGCACUCGUGUGCUCGGGGAGCUUGUGCUUCCUCGGGAAAGCGCUGCCGGAGCCGGGAGCCACGGACGCGGAACAGCGGCUCCGAGCGCUGCCCUCCAUCUCCUUCGGGUCCCGCUGCGCCUUUCGGCCGCGGCUCCCCGGGAGCGCCGGGGGCUCCGCCGUGCCCGUGCCCUGCCCGGGACGGAGGUGGCACCGGCUGAGGAGGUCCCCAGGGAUGCUCCGGACCGUGACUGAGCGGGACCGAGCGGCCGCAGAACGAGCGAGGAAGCAGCGGCGUCUAACGGGAGCGCGGAGCAGCCCGGGGAGGCAGCGGGCGCUGGAUUCCCCGGAACCGGGCAACCGGAGGGGCUCCUCCAUCCCUUCCCCAGGCACCCCCGGCAUCUCCGUGCAGCUCCGCGGGCACGGCCGGAGCCGCCGGGCACCACCCCGCGCUCCGCAGCCCCCGGUGCCACCCGCAGCCCCCGGUGCCACCCGGCUCGGGCGGCUGCGGGCGGCGCGGCGACAGCGAUGCCGAUCCUCCUCCCCGCAUCCUCCGGCGGGAGCUGCCCGGCGGAGCCCCCACCCCGGCGGGCAGCAGCCCCUCGCCAUCCGCCGCCACUCACCGGCCCUCGGCGCUCCGCUGCCGCCCGCCUCCGGCUCAGCGCGGGGGGAUGCCGGCGGCCCCCGGCACCAUGGAAAUAUGGAAAUCCGGGGCCGGGCGGCCGCCGCUGCCCGCAGCCCCUCCGCCUCCCGCGGCUCGGCUCGGCUCAGCCCCGCCGGCCUCUCAUCGCCUCCGCGGGCGCUGCCCGAGUGCGGCGAGCGCGGCUCGGCUGCGCUGCGCCCGCCCCGGCAUCCGCCCGCCGCCAGCCCGGGCGCGCUCCCCGCUCCGCGCCGGCCCCGCGCCCGGUUCCCCUCCAGCCCAGCCUGUGUCACCCUCACUGCUGUCACCAUGGCCACAGCAGUGGCCUCGCUGCAUCCUCCCUGCCUGGUGCACGUUAGCCAGACCUUGCAGGGGCUGUUCUGGGUGGAAAAGGACCCCGUUGUGCCUCAGCCCAGGCUGGGAAUCCUCAUCCUCGUCCUCAUCCUCAUCCUCAUCCUCGUCCUCGUCCUCGUCCUCAUCCUCAUCCUCGUCCUCAUCCUCGUCCUCAUCCUCAUCCUCGGGAGCAAUGGGAGCAGAGAUGGACACCCUCCAGAGGUGGAAAAACACCCACGGCCCCUCAGGGGGAUCACUGACACCCUCUGCCUUUGCUCCACAGGAACGCAGACCGUGCCGAGCCCCAGCUCAGGAGUGACAGACUCCAGCCAGCAGACAGACUGGGGAAUAGCAGUUUUAAAUAAGGAAAUGGUGCAGCUCUCCAACUACCUGAAGGAGGCCCUGCACCGCGAGCUGCUGCUCAAGCAGAAGAUGGUGAUUUUACAGGAGCUUCUGUCCACUCUGCUCCAGGCUUCAGAGAAAUCCUGGCAGGGUCAGCUGAACGAGGACAAACUGAGGUGUAAACUACGGGUGCUGGAAAAUCAGCUGCAGGCCUGCAGCCAGAAUUACUCAAAGGAGUGUGUGAAGAAGAUCCUGAUAGAGAUGGAGGACCACAAGCAGACCUACGAGCAGAAGGCAAAAGAGGCUCUUCAGAAGAUGCUGGAGGAAAAACUCCAAGCAGAGCAGCAGCUGCAGAACUCUCAGAGAAGCCUGGCGGAGAUGCGAGAGAACCUCUCCCUCUGGAAGGAGCACAACGCCACCCUGAAAGCCGAGCUGAGCAAGGAGACCACAGCACACACCGAGCUCAGGAACAGCUUCCAGGCUUUACAGAGUGAGCUCCAGCGAGCGGCCGCGCAGAGCGAGCGGCUGAGCCGGGAGCUGCGGGCGCUGCGGGACGAGCGCGCCGAGCUGCUGCAGACAGCCAGCGCCCUGCGCAGCGACAACGACCGCCAGGCCGGCCACAUCCGCCACCUCCAAGAUAAACUGCAAAAAGAACAAGAGCACAAAGUAACACUGGAGGCAACAAUCAGCCAUUUGCAGAACUUGAUCCACAACCAGAACAACCAACAGAAGAGCCAGGAGGUGACGGUGCAAAGGACAGACCAGGUUUUCACCACACAGACCCCACCUCUCACUCCUGCCAAGGAGAAACAAAACGCUCUGUCAGAGCACCCCGAGGAGGAGGAGGAGGAGGAGGAGGAGGGAGCAGAAAGUCUGAAGGAUGAGAUGCAGAAAAGGACAUCCCAGCUCACAGCAAAGGAGAAUGAGUGCUCGGAGCUGCGCUCGGAGCUGGAGGCGCUGAGCCAGGAGUACCAGUCCUGCCUGACCCGGCUGCGCCAGUGCCGCGACGAGCUCAACCGCUCUCACGGCUGCCAGGCUCAGAGACAGCGCGGUCCCUGGAUCCCUCUCCUGGUGGCAGUGGCAGCUGUGGCCAUCGCCGCCUUCCUGGCGACUUACAGGCUGUGAAGGAGCCCCUUGAUGACUGACUUCACUGCAGGAACUGACCUCUGCUUCACCAAAAGCAACCUGACCUCACCUCGCCUCACCUUCUGCUGUUUUGUAUGUGCACACUGGGUUCGUAUCCUGAGCUGGUCUCACUCCAGCCAGCUCCAUGAUCACGGGCACAUCACCCCUUCCCUCGGCUGCCGGGGUUACUCUGUUCCUGUUGAAGGCUGCCCUGCCCAGCCCCGAGGGGCAAAGCCCCCAUGCCCGCGCUGCUGUGGCUCGCACAGGGCGAGGGGGACAGGGCAUCCUGUGCCCUUGGCAUCCAGCCUGCCCGGGGUUUAUACCCCCGAGGUCUCCUCCUGUAUUUAUUGCCUCCCUAAAUGGGAGGUAGGCAAUCCCGGGCCGUCUCUACUCUCCCCUGACAAAGGCACCCAGCUCAGGGGGGCUCCUCAGCACAGUCCCCUCGGGAGUCCUGAGCAAUUCUCCCCUCACACCCACUGCUCUGUCCCACUCCUCCAGCCUCUCUUGUGGCCGAGCAUCCCCACAGCCACAUCUGCUUCCCCUUCGCUGCCAGCACCACAAGAAUUCACCAGACACAGGGGUUUAGAGUCCCUUUUGCAGCUGCACCGGGCAGGUUUUACAGCAGCACUUGCCCAUCACUCAUGUGUAGGCUCAGACACAAUGCAGGCCAUGACACCAGCUCACAUGGAAGUAAAUAUACCUGAAAUAUACACAUAACAUACACGUAGUAAAUGCACAUGGAGUCUACAAUAAACUUCAAUUCAAAA